AUGAAAAUUCAUUGAUAUGAGAUGCAAUGAAUGAAUGGGUGAUUGUAACAACCCUCUCUCUCUUUCUUUCCAGGUAAACAGAAUUUGAAUUGUGAAGACAACAUAAGUGAACUUGGGAAUUGGAUAAUCAGAAAUCAAACAGAGGCAACCAGAAGGAACAGUGGAAUGCGAAGAUGAGACAUAAUCUCAACUGACACGGAAACACCCAAACGUCACCAUGACAACAACAACGAUGGACACCCCUGCGCUCAAUGAUGACAUUGUUGAAGGAGUACACCACCUCCUUAACUCCUUCUCUGUCAAUCCCUCGCUCCCUCCCUCCUGCAGCAUCGACGAGUCCUACAAGUACAUUUUCCUCCCUCUGUGCUACUCCUUCACCUUCCUCUUCUCAAUCUCCCUCAACUUUAUCAUUCUCUGGCGUUCCUUCAGACGCACCAAGCGUUGGAACGCCUCCCUCAUCUACAUGGUCAACCUAGCCUCCACAGACUUCAUGUACGGGUUGUCACUCCCCUUCCUGGUGGCUAGCUAUGUGAUGCGUGACCAAUGGAUCUUUGGGGACUACAUGUGCCGAUUGGUCCGCUUUCUGUUCUAUUUCAACCUGUAUUGUUCUAUAUUCUUCCUGACGUGUAUAUCUGUCCAUCGCUACCUGGGGAUAUGUUACCCUAUGAGGACCAUCACACUGGAGACUAAGAGAGCGGUCAAGGGGACGUGUGUGUUGGUGUGGGGGGUCGUCUUCGCUCUUACGUGCCCCAUAUUCCGGUUUGCCCAAACGAGCCACGUGAUGAGAGGUGUAGGGGGAGAGGCUAUGGCGAUUACCAGUAAUAACACUGGCACCGUUAGUAGUAACGGUACUGGGGAGGUGGAAACAUAUCAGAACUGUUGGGAUGAUGCCAUCGAUAAGGAGUUCCAAGACUAUGUUCCAUAUGGAAUCAUCCUACAUCUUCUAGGGUUCUUUCUCCCGUUCUCUAUCAUCGCCUGGUGCUACUCACAUGUGGUUCUGACAAUAUUCCGGACCCUGCGCUCCCAGCCCCAGUCACAGCGAGGCAGAGGAGAGGGGGGUGGAGUACGUGGAGGAGGAUUGAGAGGGAAUGGAGCUGGAGUUGUAGGAGGAGGAGGACUUCAGGGAGGAGGAGAGGGGAUGUCGAUAGUUCUCGGCGCCCACUCUCCAUACGCCCACCGACGGCGUAAAUCCAUCAAGACCAUCAUCACCAUCACACUCCUCUUUGCCCUCUGCUUCUUCCCAUUUCAUGUCACCAGGACUAUCUUCCUCAUCCUGAAAGUGAAGAAAGGUGUCCCGUGCCACACCAUGACGAUGGUAUCCAUGUGUUAUAAGAUCACCCGGCCGCUGGCGUCUUUCAAUGCCUGGCUCAACGCACUCCUCUACUUCCUCACCAAGGAGAAAGGGGGUGGCGCCCCCUGUUGCCCACCGCCAGACUCUACUGCAGCCAACCAGCAGCAUGGGCUCCUCUGGCCACUGAGGAAGCUGGGAAGAGCGGGAGAUGAGGAGGAGGGGGGCGACAGGGGCGAGAAGGGGGGCAUGGUCAAUAACAAGGGUAACAACAAAGAGACAAAUAAAACGUCUGUACAUUUAUUUGGAGGGAUGACCAAAUCCAAGGUCAGAUAUACAGUGGAAUAAGUUCAAUUCAAUUCGAUAGACUUUAUUCAUCCCGAGGGUAUCAAUGCUGGCAGGCAUAGGUUGAGUUGUUGUUGGUGGCGGAAGUCUUCUGCAUUCCAUGUGUUUCAUUCAGAAGCAGACCUUUGUGAACAGUGUAAAUGGUUGGGUGCAGAAUUCAGGAUGUGAAAAGGAACGGUUUGGAGACACAAAGGACAUUAGAGAUGAUCAUUAGAGAUUAUCUUACUAUCAUUGGCAGUAUUCAAAUGUUGAUGAAUAGAUCUGGAUGAGGAUUGUGAUACUGUACCAUAAAAAAACAAUGAUGGACUCUGUUAUAUAGUUUUUUUUAUUUUUAUGAAUUUGUUGAGUUGAAGGAAGUUAUACCUCAGGAAAACAAAACUCAGAGACAGAUUUGGUAUCUGUUAUUGUAUCUUUUGAUAACAGCCCUUGAUGACAACUGUAUUGGUCUAUUUCCUAUUCAUCUUGUGUCUGACAUUUUGGAAAUGUGUAAAAUAUG